UCUUAAAACCUUCUCUAGCUAGCUAGUUAUAUAUCCUUCAAGCAGACGACAUAUAUGAAGAAUACGACAAGCUAUGCAGUUGUUCCUUUGCUUGCCUGUGUUUUAGCUAUAUUAGCUUCUUCAAUUUCUGCUUCUCCUGCAAUCGUGGAACACACCUUUUACGUACAAAACCUUACUCUUCGGAGACUCUGUAAAGAGCAAGUAAUUACUGCAGUGAAUGGAAAGUUUCCUGGCCCAACGUUGACUGUUCGUGAGGGUGAUACCCUUAUUGUCCACGUCUUCAAUAAAUCUCCAUACAACAUUACUAUUCACUGGCAUGGAGUGUCGGGUCUAAGUCCAUGGGCAGAUGGACCUAGUAUGAUAACUCAAUGUCCAAUACGCACCGGAUAUAGUUUUACAUACAAAUUCAACAUCACCAAACAUGAAGGAACCCUUUUUUGGCAUGCUCAUGAUCAAUGGCUUCGCGCUACAGUUUUUGGGUUAAUCAUAAUCAAACCGAGAUUAGGCCAUUCAUACCCAUUCCCAACUCCUUUUCGCGAAAUUCCCAUCAUAUUAGGAGAGUGGUGGAAUAUGAAUAUCAUAGAUGCCGAAGAUAUUACACUAGAGGCCGGUGGUGCUCCUAUUGUAAACAAUGCUUACUUUAUCAAUGGAUUGCCCGGAAAUCUCUACCCUUGUUCGGAGAAUCAAAUGUACAAGCUAAAUGUGAGGAAAGGAAAAACAUAUCUCCUACGAAUAGUCAAUGUUGGGCUUGACAACAACCUUUUCUUCAAGAUAGCCAAUCACAGCAUGACAGUUGUAGGCAUUGACGGGUCAUACACCACCCCUUACAUCACCGACGUUGUCAUGGUUGCUCUCGGCCAAACCACCGACGUCCUCUUCACAGCAAACCAACCGGUGCGGUCUUACUACAUGGCGUCCGCACAGUACGAUGCUCUGCCAUUACCCGGUGAAAACACAACGACGAGAGGCGUCGUCGUUUACGACGGGUCAAACCAAUCAAAGCUACCGGUAAUGCCAGUACUCCCUGUGCAUAACGACACGGCUAAGGCCCACAAGUUCCAGAGCAACCUGACUGGCUUAAUCGAAGGGCCCCACUUUGUACCGGUCCCACUUAAGGUUGACGAGCGGAUGUUUGUGACCGUCGGAUUGGGGAUGUCACCGUGCCCAAAUUGCACUAUGGGUCCACCUGGAAAUAGAAUUAUAGCUAGCAUGAGCAACAUAUCGUUCGUUCUCCCAACGAGAUUGUCUAUGUUGGAAGCAUUUUAUUACAAUGUGACCGGAAUCUACACCACUGAUUUCCCCAACAAUCCUCCGAUCCCGUUUGACUACGUGAACUCUAGUAUCAAUUCGAAUUUGUCACUGUUAUUUCCUAAGAGGACGACAAGUGCGAAGAAAUUGAAGUUCAAUUCGACGGUGGAGAUUGUGUUCCAAGAUACAGCCUUGAUUGCAGCUGGUAAUCAUCAUCCGAUCCACCUUCAUGGGUUCAGCUUCCAUGUUUUGGCUCAAGGUUUUGGAAAUUACAACCCUAUAAAGGAUCGUGAAAAGUUCAAUCUACUUAAUCCUCCGUAUCGUAACACUGUACUUAUCCCUACUGAAGGCUGGACUGUCAUCAGAUUCACCGCAAACAAUCCAGGUGUGUGGUUCGUGCAUUGUCACUUGGAUGUUCACCAUUCAUGGGGCAUGUCGACGGCUUUCGUGGUUGAGAAUGGACCAAAUCCAUCAUCAACAUUGGGACCUCCACCACGUGAUCUUCCUCAAUGUUAGAAUUGUAAACUAAGUUGAUCACCAGUCUAUUUUGUAAUCGUACGUUGAUUAUGUUGUAAAUUGCCAGUGCAUUGGCAAUAUGUUUUAUAAAUUAAUUAAAAUUUAUUUGUUACAUA